AUGUUGAACCGCGUCAAAGAGCAAGUUCAGCAUGAGGCAUUCAGUGACGAUGCCGUCAGCGGUGAACGUAUACAGAAAUUGGCCAUCGAGAAAAUCCGCUCACUCCCUGGAAAUGAUCGAUGUUGCGAUUGCAUGUCUGACAAAGGUACUCACCGCAGCGUUGGCUGUGGCUGGAUCCUGCUGGUCUGUGAGGUCUUCGCCGUUAAAAUUUACUGUUUCAGAGGUCACCUGGCUAUCGACUAA